AAUACACGAAAAUUCUUCCCUUCCACUUAUAUAACAAGGGACUCAGCCCAUAUCCCCUUCUCCAAAGGUUUUAGGUUCAUGCAAAUACGAAACGUGAACAUCAUGUCGAACUCUGUGUUUGAAAUUCUUUUACUUCUGGUUUCCCUCACGGUACAAGCAUCAGGAGCUGCACCUGGACUUGCAAAGCCUGGCUGCAAUGAUACAUGCGGGAACAUCAACAUUCCCUUCCCCUUCGGAAUAGGAGCUGGGUGUUUCAUGGAUGAGUGGUACGAGAUUGACUGCCAACAAAGCGGCAUGGUUCCCAUACUAAAGAAGAUUGAAUUGCCAGUUCUCAACAUUUCACUCCCCAAUUACUAUAGAUCCAUGAACGGCAUGAUUAGCGUGAGGCUUCCUUUAAUUUACUCAAAUGUAAGCUGUGGGGGCGAUGGAUAUGGCGUGCCAGUGAGCUUAGAAGGAAGUCAAUUUGUCUUCUCCAAGACAUGGAACAUCUUUAUAUCGGUUGGUUGCAACACCCUGGCGACAGUGAAUAGUACAGAAUCAGCAGUUGUUGGUUGUAGGUCGAAAUGUGCUGGAACAAAUAUCAGCCUAGAUAGUGCUUGUUCUGGCAGGGACGGAUGCUGCCAGACUACACUCCCCUCUAGCCUUCAGAGCAUUAGUAUAGAUUUCAAGGAAGAAGGUGGACAUCAGGUUUGCAAUUAUGCUUUCUUGGCAGAUAGAUCAUGGUUCUUGAGAUCUAACUCGACAGGUUUAUAUGAUUUGAGAUUGAAAGAUACGGUUCGAGUGGUGUUGGAAUGGGGGAUUCCGAACACUACCAUAGAUGCACCUGAGCUUAUCGGGCAAGUUCAAGCAAAUUUCAGCUGUACCGGAUACAACCUCUACGACCAGAAUUUGUAUCAUUCAAGUGAAACAAUGCCAUUUACGCAAUGCUAUUGUGGAACAGGUUAUCGUGGUAACCCCUAUCUUCUUGGAGGGUGCCUAGAUAUUGACGAAUGUGAAGGUUCCUAUCGGUGCCUUGGAACUUGUAUCAACAUACCGGGCAGCUUUAAAUGCGUCGAUGGCAGAAAGAAAGCUACAUUCAUUCUUAUUGUCCUCGGAGCGUGCGUUGGAGGAUUAGUGCAAGUGUUGCUGCUCUCUCGGUGGUUAUACAAAGUCAUCAAGAAAAGAAGAGAAAUUAAGCAAAAAGAGAAGUACUUCAAAACACAGUGGGGACUCUUGUUGCAACAACAUCUAUCUUCAUCACCUGAAGGCAAUGUUGCGAAAAGCAAAUUAUUCCACUUCAAGGAUUUAGAGAAGGCUACUGACCGUUUCAACCAGGAUAGGAUACUCGGCCAAGGUGGGCAAGGUGUUGUUUUCAAGGGAAUGCUGGCUAAUGGAAAAAUAGUUGCUGUUAAGAAAUCGAAACUGAUGGACAAGGAAAAGAUUGAAGAGUUCAUCAAUGAGGUCAUCAUUCUCUCGCAAAUCAAUCACAGGAAUGUGGUCAAGCUAAUGGGUUGCUGCUUGGAAACAGAAAUCCCGCUUUUAGUUUAUGAGUUCAUACCAAACGGGACUCUUUACAAGUAUCUGCAUGACCCGAAUGAAGACCUUCUCAUAUCAUGGGACACACGCCUACGAAUUGCAACCGAAAUCGCAGAAGCCUUAUCCUACUUGCACUUGGCAGCUUCUAUACCCAUCUAUCAUCGUGAUAUCAAGUCCACCAAUAUCCUCUUGGAUGAGAAACAUCGUGCUAAAGUCGCAGAUUUCGGUAUUUCCAAGUCUGUAUCCCCCGAUGAAACUCACGUAACCACAUUAGUGCGAGGGACUUUUGGAUACUUGGAUCCAGAGUACUUCAGAACAGGUCAUUUUACAGACAAAAGCGAUGUGUACAGCCUAGGAGUGGUCCUCGUUGAACUCCUAACAGGGCAAAUGCCAAUCUGUCAGCUUAGGGAAGAAGGAAGGAGCCUCGCGGACUAUUUUAUCAAUUCGAUGGAGCAGAAUUGUUUGUUUGAUAUUGCUGAUGCUCGAGUUAUGAAGGAAGGAAAGAAAGAAGAGAUUACCGCAGUUGCUAACCUCACAAGAAGGUGCUUGAGCUCGAUUGGGUGGAAGCGGCCGACAAUGAAAGAAGUGGCAAUGGAGUUGGAGGGAAUAAGGAAGCUCCGAAGCUCUUUGAGCUUCCAACAAAAUCAAGAAAAGAUCAAGGUCGCUGAAUCUCGUGACUCUAUUUUCACAUCUGGCAAAUCUUUCGUGGACAUGGGUGUAACUACAUUUUCAGAUGAGCAGCCACUCGCACAUUGUGAAUCAUGGUGAAGGCAACACUUUCUGGCAUCAUAUCCGCAACAAUUUCUGGCUAUACAUGCAGAGGCCAAUGAUAAGCCGCAACAAAAUUUAUCUUUACCCGUACCUCUUACCCUUAACAAAUAAAGGGGAACUUGCCCUUCGUCUAGUCAAUUAUAGACAGCUUUUUAAAGUCGUUUCCUUGUUGCUGGUGUUGGGAUCAAAAGAGUGUUUGAGCACUACCUU